AUGGUAUCUCCCAUAAGUGAACCCAAUGCGAGCUCUGAUAAAGUCAAUCUACCCAACAAAAUCAAAAUUAAUAGUAUUUUAGUCCAUUUCCACGAAUUAUUUAAUUCUGAAGAACACAGCGACGAAAUUGCAGCCAAACUUACCUCUUACGUAACUGAGCAAGAUCUAAAUCUGGACACAAUAAUAAAUUUCAUACAAACCACAAAUGACGGCACUCAUUACACGACCCUCUUGGGUUUAUUUUAUGAGCAUAAACUCAAAAUUGAAAACAAUCAACAAUUUGCCGUAAAAUGUUACCAAAAAUCAGCAAAUUUUGGAGACGUCUAUGCUCAAUAUUUACUCGGACAAUGUUACUUUUACGGAAUUGGGGUAGCAAAAAAUCUUCAGAUGACCUACUAUUGGUACCAUCAAGCUGCGAAAAAGAUGAAUUUGGCAGCACAAUUCGAAUUAGGGAAUCUAUAUUUCGAUGCAAGGAACUAUAUGAAAGCGUUUCGUCUUUUUCAUCAAUCCGCUAUUAAUGGAUUUCAUAAAAGCUACUCUAUGCUUGGGUUGCUUUAUAGAUUCGAUUAUAAAAAAUCGGAAUUACCCGAAAUCCAAAAUCCCGAGGCCCAAGAUUCGGAUGAUUAA